CGUGUUUCAGGCGAGAAAGGGGUGACUGUUCGUUUCUAGGCAGUUGUUCUGGGGGGACUUCUGCAUGUUUAACACUAUUUUGGGAGGUGGGAAGAGGAAGAAUGAAAGAGGUCUUCCAACGGAGCGGUCGUAAACAUGAACGGUGCCCUGUACAUUUCGUUUUUCCAAGGUCAGCUGGAGUCCGCACUGGAGCAGGUAGUGCAGCUCGCCGUUCAGGAAAUCACCAAGACUGUUGGGGCCACUUUGAAUUCAAUGCUAUUAGAAACGGCCACCAAAGAGCAGGAAAAUCAGCGUUUGAGGGCGACCCUGCAGUCUCGGGAGCAAGCAUACGGCGGUAACGGGAAAAGCAAUGCGGCUAAAGGGAAAACAAACACGAAUGAUGGAACAAAGCAACACACCCCCAGUCGGAGCCCAGAAUGUGGCGUUCAGUCUGAGACGCUCAGGCGUGAACAGAAAGAGCGAGCAGUUGGUCAGUUGAAAUCCGUCAUGGAGCACGUGCUGGAAUUCGCAGUUCGUGAGCUGACCAAAAUCGUGGAGGACAGUUUCGACGACCUGCUCUUGGAGUUCACUAAGAAAGAGCGGGAAAACCACACCUUGAAAGAGCAGCUACAUGACAAGAAAGUAGUGGAGGACAAUGAGGCGGUUACUGUGGAAACGGAGGAUCAGGAUAAUGACUCUGCCUCUCCAAGCAGUUCCAAAGUGGAAAACCAAGAGUCGAAAAGCCUCCAGGACCAAUCACCCAAAAAAGAGUGGGAAAAGGAGCAAACUGAAACCACCAACGAACCAGACAAGCAGACGGUCAUUGCAGUGGCUCAGGACUGGGUGCCUAUCCUGGAUAAAGUCUUUGGGCAGAAGUGGUGCAGUGACCUCUGGCAAAUCAAAGAGGUCACCACUAGUAAGGAGCAGCACACCGGCCUGAGCUCGGGCUCCAUGACUGACAUGGACAGUCUUAUUCGAGAGACGCUCAUGCCAUCUUGCCUGGCCUCUCAAAGGAAGCUGGAGCUUGAGGUGGGGCAGCCGCCUUGGUUGCAGGUAGACGAUAUGGAGGUUCUUUCUUUUUCCUCGGAAGCCCAAGGCGUUCCUGUCGUCAGCUCCACAGGUGAUGACUCUCAAAUCAGAUCCCCGUCAAUGUUGCAAAGACUCCUGACACUCCCUUCCCAGUUGCUUGAGGGUGACGAUGAGUCAAUGGAUGCUGCUCCAAGUGUGGAAGCAUCCACAGAACCAGCCGAUUCACAAAGCAGCAAAGGCCCAAAGAGUAACCAGAAGAAAAAGGAAGAAGAGAAUGAAGAUGAGGAGGACGACGAAGAUGACGACGAGGCCACAGACCGAUGCGAGUCCUCAAAACACAAAGGUAGGAGGAAAUCCCAUGCUUGCAAAGAGUGCGGGCGAAAGUUCAGCCGGGCACAUCUUCUCAGAGCUCACCGGCAAACGCACGAGGAGACGCCCAACCGGUGCCCACAAUGCGGAAAGAGUUUCUCCCAGUCUUCGAGACUCCAGGCUCACUUACGGACGCACACGGACAAAAUCAUGUGAUCGGGGAAUUUAGGAAAUUAAUUGAAAAAGGGAAUGUUUGUUGCAAUUUGGUCGAGACGGUAAAUUUCAUUUCAAGUUCUGCUGAAGGAAAUGCAAAGCUUGUAGCCUUUUUUUUUUUGUUAGUUUGAAGAUACUCUAAGGAUCUUCAGAUGCUUUCUACCUUCAUUUCAGUUCCCUAAUUUUAGGGAUUCAAAUAUCAACUGAAGAAACAACAAAUGUCAGUAACGACAAGCUGUGUACGCAUUGUAAAUAUCAAAGUAGGGCUGUACAGACCAUCAGAAUAAGAAUCGAGGACUUUUUUUCAUUGAGUGUGACUUUCUUUUUCGUAACACAAGGUUUAAAAGACCUUUGUAAAUAUUUCAGACAUUAUAUGAAGCUGUUGUGUAACAGGAAAGGAGCGCAGUUGUUACGUCUCUUGUAGCAUGCUGGUCUUGUUUUUUCGUUUAACAAAGUUUUGAAUGUGAUCGAACAAACCAGAGUUAGUGUAACGCGACUCCUGCGAUCAACGCGACCAUCUUUUCUGAUUUUGUACUCAACAUGAAAUACCUCUUACGUUUUGAUGUCAUACUGGAUUUUUUGGAUAUUUUCAUCAACCUGUCACAAUGGAUGGAAGAUGGUGUACAGAACAGAAAAUGCACAAUAGUCAACAUUGCAUGACGUGCACAACCAUGGAACAGUUUGCAAGCAGGAUGAAGAUGAAAAGAAAAGUCAUUUGAAAGAAACUUCAAGUUCCUAAUCCAUCAUAUUCACAAGGAGGAUCUGACUUUCCUGAUAUCCUCAAUUAGAGUAGCGUCUUCCUGUACUGAUUACGUGUAGUGUUUGCUCUACAUCUUGAACUUGGAGUAAUGCUCAGUUGUUGAUAUGUUAUUUUUUUCAGUGUCAAUGGCAUAUAUCUGAAUAUGGAGUCUUCCAUAUGGAAGUAGUUACCAUUUCUAAAAUGGCGGACGGACCCUAUAUUUACACCCUACAUCGACGGGAACAGUAACAGCGGAUUCCCACUUGUUAUGCACAUUCCCGAUCUGGACCCUGAAGUUUUUACAAUAUCCCUGCCAGUAAUAAGCAUGAUGGGAAAAAAGUACAAGAUGUUACUCUCAUUUCUUGGAUCAAUACCUCAUCGGUGGGACCAUAUCUUUUGGGACUUCUGCAAUAUUAGAAGUUAAGAUCUGAAUCAAAAAAAGUUUACAAAAUGGAACGGGACCGGCUUUUGGCCUACGCAUUAUUUGACUGUGCAUUUAAAAAUGUGGCAUUUUUUUUGUUUUAUGCUAUCUAUUGUCCCCAUAGGAAGGUACCAAGGACUUGCAACCCAAAGAUUACAAUGAAGGGAAACCUUUUUUCGACCACAUGUACUUUUUUAUUAAUGUUAUUACUAUUAUGGGCCAUUACAUGUUACAUCAUGACUUUUAAGCUUCUUUUGUACUGAGUAUCUUCAUUAGUAGAUUAUAAUGAAGUAUGUCAUCUUUUGCUAGUGCCUAGAUUUAACCGUUCAAUAAGCUGAUUAGUUCAUUGUUUAGCACCCUACCCUUUGUUUGGAUACUAAUUAUAACUAGUUCAUACUCAGUGCUCAGUUCUAGAUUUUCUUUAACCGCGUAGUCAGUGAUGCUAGUCAGUUCUGACUUCUUUGUGAUUACAAAUGUAAAAAAACUUAAUAGAUGAGCAUAGAAAAGACAGUUCGCCAAAAAAAAUAAACGCAUAUUUCCUUUUGUGGCCAGAAUGACAUUGAAUAAUGACAACUGGUUUCAUUAGUAAAGUCUAAAUUACUCUAGAGUUGUUGGAACUGAACAGGGAUUGGGUAUUUUAGUACAGCCCAAAGUAUUCUUCUGUUUUUUUAUAUGUGUAUAUGAUGUAGAUUUAUGAAUGCCAAUUGCUGCGUUUACAUUGUUAAUCUUAACAAUAAACUUGGACGACGCAUCAUCGUUUAAUCAUAAUAAUAUUAAUAAUAAUAAUGGCUAGUUCUGUAGCUAUGAAAGACAUUAAAAAUCCAUCAUCAUGACUUAACGCGAGAGAAUAUAAACUUAUGUUUUAGUUUCGUGUUAAUGGGCAAUAUGGACAGACUUUUAAUUUCAGACAGCCAGCCUCAGUGCUUCUGGUCUUUCCAUUAUACAACUGCCAUGUUUACAGUUUGAUUUCUUUAAAUAUCAGUGAUCUUCACUGCCUGUUAGAUACACGGUAUAAAGUGGGUCUCAGACCGGACAAGAAACACAACAUUAAAUUACAUUUUUCCCCUGGCAUGUCUUUAAAACAUGACCGUUUAUUUUACCCCAAUAUUUUCAAUGGAGUUUCUGCACUUGCCUGCAGACCCUGAUGGUAUCUUUCAUCUCGUUUUACACUUAAACAACUAAAUGAACGCUUAACUCUAUUUUACUGAAUGUAUUGUAAUUAUAUUACAAGAUUGAUGCUGUAAAAGGAACCUUAUGAAAUUGAAAAUAGUCUGAUUAAGCUUAAAAGUCUAUCAUUGGCUGAAUAACACUAGCUAUGCAUAUACCCCAUAGAUAAUGGAAACAAAGCUCUAGAACAAGCAGUUUACACUGUGUUUUCAUUUAAAAACAAGUAUUUUUUUUUGUUAUGGUUAUGCCUGGGUAGCCAGUUAAGUUAUAGUUUAAUCACUCUUUCUUUCCAUGGUAUUAUGGAGCAGCUGAGCUACCUUUAUGGUAACUAGAACCCAGAAUUGGUGCAAACUAAACUGAAACUUAACUGGCUAGCCUGCUAAUCUUGCGUCAUGGUACAGGCCCUUGCUGUUUACACUACUCGGGCAUAUUCAACCCAUGAAAAUAGAGCAUUUUGAAAAUGCAGAAGACCCCAUUUUAGUUUGGAAAUGACGGCGAUCAUUUUAGUAUAGGUGAACUGAAAUGCAAACUUUUGAAAACCGAAGUGUGGCUAUCCACAGUUACUCUUUGACUGGUGUUCUGGACUUGCGUAUCAUUCCCUGAUUGAUCAGGUGCUUUUAAUAUGAUCACUAUACAAGCGGUUCAGCUUUGACACCUUUCGGGCCAUUUAUGAAGUGAUAAAUUGCUUAUGUGCUGUAUGGAGGGAAAAAUCUUACUGGGUGCUCACAAUACUGUGCUGGGGGCAAUUUGCAUCACACACACACUGUAUGCAUAUCCUAAUGCAGUGUUUCUCAACCACGUUCCUGGAGGACCACCGGCUUUGCAAGUUUUGGAUGUCUUUUUUGUCUGUCACACCCAUUACAGGUCUAUCAGUCUCUGCUGAUGAUCUGAAUCAGGUGUGUUUGGCUAAGAAGACAUGGGCUGAAAUCUCCUACUACACAGUAGGUACUGCAUUUGAAUUUAAAUGUACUACUCGACUGUUAGAUAAAUACGUACUACACAGUAUGAAUGCGAGUAGGAUGAUUGGAACUCGGAAGUACUACAUACGUCGUUUUGUCAUGAUCACGUGACCUGUCCAUGUCAGCUGUGUCGCUUCACUCCCAUUCAUGAAUUCUCUUGCGAUGCAUCAUGGGAUAGCGUAGCGUCCAUCGGAUGCGUACUUCAGAAUCUCACCAGGAGGAGUAGAUCAUCCGGGAAGUUCUUGCAUACUGAUUUUCGAAUUCAGGCAUGCUACUCAGCUCGCAUACUGUUUUAGCGUACUAUAUAGUAUGGAAGUAUGCGAUUUCAGACGCAGCCAUGGAAAAUGUUCAGAGCUGGUCCUCCUCCAGCAAUGUGGUUGAGUAACACUGCCCUGAUAUGCGUAUAAAAACCGAAAUAUACUUUGGGCUUAAGGGCAUUUUCACACCUGUAGAUUCUUUAUUUUGUUUUAAAGUAGAUUCAAUUUCUUCUUGUCUUGGAUCACUUUCUCAAGGCAACAUUUCUAAAUAGGCCAACAAUUGGCAAUAAAGUCACAUGCGAGUAAACUGCCAUGUCAUUGGUCAUAGCGUCUCUGUUUAUAUUCCAGAUUUUCGCUCAUCUGUCAGAAUAGAAAGACUAAAAUACUGCAGAUUUAUGAUGGUUUUCUUUGCCUUUAAAAAAAAAAGUGGUUUAAGUAGUUGUGAAAUAUUAGUCCGGCCAAAUUUUACAUUGUCCUUUUGAACUUUAGGGUAUUGCAUGAUUCAUUCUGAUAGGUAUUAGCAAAACUAGUACUAGCUAAUAUACAUGAUUCAUCGUAAAUCAUGAUAAAGCAUGGUCCACUGAGUUUUAGGUUUUCUCACCACUCCAUAGUUUGCAUUCAAGUCAGCAAAGUGACCACGGAGCAGUUGUUUGGUGCAAAUCUGACCACGAUUGCCUUCUUCAUUUUAUGCCUAAACAAACACAAUCUUUUUAAUGCACCAAGACAUGCUCCAAAAGAACAAAGUGUGAAGUUUGGUGUAUUGACAUAUACACUACCUGACUAAAGUCUUGUCGUCAAUCCCAGUUGUAAGAGCAACAAAUAAUAACUUGACUUCUAGUUGAUUGUUUG